CCUGUGUGGGACUGGAUAUGAGUGGCUAUAUUCAGCUGGACUAAAUCAGUAUUGGGGAAGGUAUGCAAUCCAACCUGUGACUUCUUUUGUUAUAUCACCAUACAUGGUUGUACUGCCAUCGUUUUUAUAAUCUGAUUAUCCACAGCCUUGAAUGAUUCCAACAUAUCUACCAACUUAUCUCAAUCAGUGACUUUUCUUCACUCCUGCCAUAGCAAUGGCUUGGUCUCAAUUGUUCCUCCUUGCCAUCACGGCACUCUCAUUUUUCAAUCCGGUGUUUGCCAUCUACCAAGGCACACACAGCAACUGCGGCGAACACCCCUACGCAGUUCAUAUCGAACACCACAGCUACGACGAUAAUGGCGCCAGUUAUUCCUGUGGCGGCACCAUAAUCACCCCGCGACAUAUCCUCACGGCCUCACACUGCGUACUUCACGCAUUCGGAGCUUCCGCAGCCAAAGCGCAGGAAAGGAACAUGCGAGUCCACCUACUCAGGUGUGAAAACAACCGUCUUGUCAAGACGGGGAGACUAUACCCCACCAAGGAGAUUCACCUUAGGGAGGAGUAUCUCACCCAGCCUACCCCGGAGUACGAUAUCGCUGUGAUCGAACUUGAGCAAGAAAUCAAAUACCACCCGUUCCUUUCGAGCUCGGCAUUCCUACCUACCUAUGAAGGUCCCGUCCAGUCUCGGUGGGAAGACAAUAAGCAGCUCACGCUUAUCGGCUCCGGCACGAUUAGUUCGUCACCCGCUGAUUUAAGCGAUCACCUUCGACAGGUCCGGGCCGCAGUCAUCGAUAAAUCAGAGUGUGGACAUCGAUCAGACGCUGCAUGGGGUUAUCCAGGGUCCAUGAGUCAGAUGCAAACGGAUAAAUUCUUCUGCGCUAUCGACCGGGUGACGCUUGGGGGCGCCUGCUCUGGGGAUUCCGGCUCGGGGUCUCAUGAGUAUACAAACAGGAAGAAGAAGGUUGUUGGCGUUGUGGCUGCGGGUCCUGUGUACUGCUCGCAGCCAAAUCACUACAAUGCUUAUACCAGUGCCAGUGCUUAUCUCGGAUGGAUUAAGAGUGUUGUGACUCCCUACCAGCUUAAGCAAUUUUAGAUGCUUGGUGUUAGGAGAGAGUAUCACGUGGUAUAUGUCUAUGGCGAUACUUUGAGACCAAAUCUGUAGAUACAAUGAAAAAUUCAGGUAGUGUGAUGGAUACUUUGUUAAGAUUUGUUAUCUGUAUCAAGAAAUCCAAAUGGAGUAGGGCAUAGUACUGUCGAUGUCUG